CAAUGGACCAAGCGCCGCCCGAGACAUCUCGACCGCUGUGGCGCGAGGAAGCGACGCAGCUCCUGCGCUUGGCGGUGCCCGUCAUGGCAACGUUCAUCCUCGGGUACCUUCCAGGUGUGCUGAGUCUCAUCUUUGUCGGUCACAUCAACCACCCGGACGCCAAAGAGUACCUCGCGGCCGCCUCGCUCAGCGACAUGUUCUUCAACGUCACGGGGUACAGCAUCGGCCUCGGACUUGCGAGCGCCAUGGACACGCUGGCGUCCCAAGCUUUUGGCGCGGGCAACGUCAAGCGCAUCGGCAUCCUGCUGCAAACUGGUAGCCUCGUGCUCUUUAUUGUCUGCGUACCCAUUGCCGUGCUCAACCUCAGCUCCACUCACGUGCUUCUCGCCCUCGACCAGCCCACAAAUGUGGCCGCGCUCGCAGGCCCAUACUCGACGUGCCUUGUCUUCGGCCUUCCCUUUUUGUACGCCUACGAGCUCCUCAAGCGCGCACUGCAAGCGCAAAACAUUGCCUGGCCGAUGCUCUACAGCACGCUGCUCGCCAAUGCCGUCAACGCGGUUGUCGGCUACCUCUUGGUGUACCAUACAUCGGUGGGAUACCUCGGCGCCGCCAUCGGCCGCGCGAGCGCCAUGAUGUCGCUGCCGCUCAGCUUGCUCCCGUACUUUCAUGUGACACCCGGCGCAUGCGAUUUUUGGCCAGGGCUCCAUGGCCGCGCUGCCGUACGCGGCGUUGGCGAGUUUCUCGUCGUGGGCACGCCAGGCAUGCUCAUGAUGAUGUUCGAGUGGUGCAGCUUUGAGAUCCUCGCCCUCUUUGCAGGGGUGCUACCCAAUGCCGUGGUCGCGAUUGGCGCCAACGCCGUGACCGUCAACAUCUUUUCCGUCGUCGACUGGAUCUACUACGGACUCAACGUCUCGGCGACGGUGCGCGUCGGCAACGCGAUUGGCGGUGACGACGUUCCGCGAGCGCGCGCUGCCACGAGUGCUGCCCUCGCGACCGCCGCAGUGCUGGCUCUUUGCUUUGCAUCGCUUUUGCUUGCGACGCGCUGGGUGAUCCCAAACCUCUUUACAAACGAUCGUGACGUGUCUGCCUUGGUCGCGAGCGUCGCGGUCGUGCUCGUGCUCUUCCAAGUACCCCAAGGCGUCAACCAGACCAUGCAAGGCGUAUUGCGAGGCUACGGGCUCCAGAAUUACGGCGCCGUCAUCAACUGUGUCGCUUACAUGGGCAUUGGCCUUCCGGUGGCCUAUCUACUCGCGUUCACGAACGCUUAUGGCCUCCAAGGGCUUUGGAUGGGUAUGGGCAUCGGCUUUGCCUUUGCUGGCGCCUCGAGCUUGCUACUCCUGCGGUUCGCCAACAUUGACGGCGUGAUUGAGAAGAAGCAAGUCCAAACGCUUGAGGAACGGUCGCGCUACGUCAUUGUGUCGUAAAUCGCCAGAUUUUGAGAUUCGAUGUCGUUUGAUGUUGAGAUUCGUUUGAUGUUGA